UUCCGUACGACACUUGCUACCAACCCAAACGCCUGUUGUGUCGCUGAUACUCGAGCAAAUUCGGAGAUCAUACCAUCAUAACAACGGCUUGGAUGUGUAUACAAUGGGUCGUGGACGGCUAUCGGCAUAGAUCAACCAACCAUAAGCGGAGAAACAGGUAUCCCCGCAAUGAGGAAUAUCCCAGCACUAUGGCAUCAUCCAAGCCAAAUGCAUUUUACGAAUAUCCCCAAAUUGUAUCAAAUGGUCUCGCUUGUUCUUACCUGGUUGCAUCUUCUCAUCAUCAGACAGGAUGGCGACACAGACGAUAACCCGGCCACAGCAAACCUCGUUCAUCCCAAAAUGGACGCAGGUCGCCGAGACGCAGCAUGAGUUGGACUGGGCAGACUUGGUCACCCUUGACCUAAGCAAGUUUGACAAGCCAAAUGGUAAACAAGAGCUGGCGGCUCAAUUGUCCGACGCCGUGAACAGAAUCGGAUUCUUCUACAUCACCAAUUUUGGCCUGAACCAAGAAGAAGUCGACCGCCAAUUCAGCCUAUGCAAGCAAGUCUUCGAACUCCCCACCGACGAAAAGAUCAAAUACCGUGCGGACCUCGAGCACGGCGGGUACAAUGGCUACAAGCCCUUUGCGACCCGCGAAAUCAGACCAGGCAUCCUCGACAACACCGAGAUCUACAACAUCCCAAAAUCCAUCCCCGAGUACAAGCGCGAGCACCCCGAGGUAGUCAAGCAGCACUGGGACGAGAUCCAGUACUUCGCCAAGCACAUCCACUUCGAGAUCGUGAACAAGCUUCUCGUCCUAUUCGCCAUUAUCCUCGAACUGCCAGAGGACUUCUUCCUCAAGAACCACCGGUACGAGGCCAAGAGCGACUGCCACUUCCGGUACAUGAAGUACCACAAACGCACACCCGAGCAGAACGCCGCACUGGACAAUGUCUGGGUCAAAGGACAUACCGACUUUGGCAGUUUGACGUUGUUGUUCAGACAGCCCGUCGCGGCGCUGCAAGUGCGUACACCCGAGGGCGAGUGGAAAUACGUGAAACCCCACCCGGGAAGCAUCACAGUGAAUAUCGCGGAUGCUCUACAAUUCUUGACCAACGGAUUUCUCAAGAGCAGUAUUCACCGGGUCGUCGCGCCGCCGCCGGAUCAGGCUGACGUUGAUCGUCAUGGCGUUUUGUACUUUGUCAGGCCCGAAGACGAUACCCAGUUGGUCCCCAUUGAUAGCCCCUUGCUGAAACGCUUGGGCUAUGAUCAGACGCUGGAUCAGGCAACCGUUGGGUUGACGGCCGGUGAAUGGGUCAAGGCGCGGGUGUCGAAGAAUGUGAGUAAGCAGGGCAAAGAUGAUCAGGAGAUUAUCAAAGGUGUCAAGGCGAAGUACUACGAUUGAACCACAACAGUGUCAUUGGCAUGCAGUCAUAGAUGGACGCACGCCCAUAUGUGAGCGGAACAUGGAAGAACGUAAAAGUUAAAUGAAAUGUAUUCGCGCUGACCCUAGUGCUCAAAGUACAAUACAUACCAAAAAGGUUUCUGACGUCCAAAAUUCCCUGGACCCAAUAAUGAAAAGAAAUCGUGACCUUCAGCCUCGACCCCUUCCUCUCUGUCAAUCUCUCGAAUCCAUACUCCCGCCAUCAGAUCCAGUCGAGGACUCGGUCGUGGCCGGUGAGCCUCUCG